GACUGCGAGAUUAGUUGAAGCCGUGCGGUUGUUGCUGUCUGUUUGAGGUUCAGUUUUUUUUUAUUCUCCGUUUUAGUAUCGCGCGCAGCUUUUGGUUGAUCGCGCCAAGCGAGCAGAGACGGCUGUCACUGAUUACAGUACGUGAAGUUGGCGGCUUCUGCUUCGUGGUAACGUUCGGAAACACAGUGCUGAACAAGUGGUUCCGCGGCUUCGCGCUAUGGCCAACAAUAGCGGUGAUAACUUUCAGCUGAACGACAAUAAUGCCAACAGCACCAGUGAGACGGAUGCAAAAAGCCUUUUUGGAGGUCUGUCUUCGGGCUGCUGUCUACCCAGAAUAUUUGCCGGGAGGCCAGCCCCCAACUACCCGGUGUUGCCCACAGCGCUAGAGGACGAGGAGUACAGAAUGACGCACCCCAAGCGAGGCAAGUGUGUCAUCUUCAACAACAGGUUCUUCGCACCCCAUACGAAGCUGAGUGAACGAAGGGGCACUGACUUGGAUGCUGAUAAUCUUUACUAUCGCUUCUGUGGGCUGGGCUUUGAGUCAGUCAUCCACCAUAACUUUUCACGCAAGGAGAUGCUUGAAGAAUUGGAAAGAUUGGGCCAACAGAACUACCAAGACGAUGACUGCUUUGUUUGCUGCAUUCUGACACACGGUGACCGUGAUGUUCUUUACGCAACUGAUGGAAAGUUCCCGGUGGACAGUGUGAUGGACCCUUUCCGUGGCGACGUUUGCCCCACUUUGCUUGGUAAACCCAAGCUGUUCUUCAUUCAGGCUUGUCGUGGUGACAGGUUGGAUGAAGGCACUCCGGUGGUCUUGGAAACAUCUGAUUCACCAGGCCAAGUCUACCGCAUCCCGACACAUGCUGACUUUCUGGCUGCCUACUCAACAGUGCCAGGGUUCUACUCCUGGCGCAAUACAUCGCAAGGCUCGUGGUUCAUACAGGCCCUGUGCUCGGUGCUCCACGAGCGAGCACGGUCUGCGGACCUGUUGUCCAUGCUGACAGUCGUGUGCCGCCGUGUUGCUCUUUACUUCGAGUCAUGCGUGCCAGGUGACCCUAACAUGGACCGGAAGAAGCAAGUGCCAUCCAUCACGUCCACGCUCACCCGACUAGUCUUCUUGGGGCAGCGGGGCUAGGACACAUGGCUUUGAUUAUGAGUGUGAUGUGGGCCGUGCCCUCACCUGUCCUUCCUCGUUUUGCUUAAAAGGACCAAAGCUAAGUGUGAGAUUACGUCAUUGGGUGUUUCUUCGAUUUGGCCAACUGCACUGGCUGAACUAGUCCCUUGCAAAAGGAUUUUUAUCAGGGCAAGUUAUGCGUGUGAGAGUUUCAAAGUAGGAAAAAAAGAGAGAGAGGAAAAAAGAAAGCAUAGUACAUAUAGAAACAGCUGUAUGUGUGUCAGUGCAUUCAUUUUAUGUCCCACUUUUUGUAAUGUUCCUUAGUUCCUUGCUUUCUUUUUAUUUUAUAUUACCUGUUGUGAUGGUAUGCAAUAUUUACAUCUACGCUGAAAAAGUUUGAGGACUGUCUAUUGUGCUAAGCUGCUAUGCAGAAUAUUUGUGGUUGUCAUUGAGGAACAGUUAAUAUACUCCGAGGACAAAAAGUGCUUAGGUACCUCAAGACAGGGAGAAAUUAAAUCAUUCAAUGCAGUGCAAAGUGGUAAAAGACAAGUGGCAAUGAAGCACCAUGAGAUGCUUUCAAUAAUGAAUGAAAGUUCUGCUGUAUGGAAAACUUGAGAAAAUGUGAAAACUUCACAGCUGACUUAGCAGAUGUGCAUGAACAUGGUGUUUUAGAGCUUGUUAACAUUUAUGCCAUCAGCUUUAUUGAUUCAGCCUGGUUUCAUCUGUGUGUGCACCUUUCCUAGAGCGUUUCAAAACUGUGGUGAUAAUAUGGUGGCAGUGGUACACCAUACCAUAUUAUGACCAAGCGAGAAUACCUGUCUGUCAAGGGCUUUUGCAAACAUACUGCGUACAGCUGUAUUUUACUGUGCUCAGUCCUCAAACUUUUUCUGGCAUAACCAUCUGUGUGGCUUCAUGCAUCAGUAAAUUUGUUUUGUACUAUGAAAAGCAAAGUUCAAUGCAUAAAGAAAAAAAGAAAGGGUGCUUGCAAUUGCACCUGCUAUUGGUGUACAGAAUUAAGGGUGUGUGAGAUUUGUAAACAAGAAGACUUUGCAAAUGUCCUGGAAUUUAAUAAUUGAAUCAUGAGUUGUACUUGCUGUCACUCUCGCCUUUAAAACUUUGCACAAGAGUGCACCUUUUGUCCCAGAUGUUCCUGAGGCUGGUGGUAGUAAGGCAAUAUAGCGCCAUUAUGUCCAUUCUGGCUAAUCUCAUGCUUGUUGGUUUUCUUUUAGUGGGGAGGACUAAGCACCCUAGGUGUCACUUCAGUCAGCUUAGUGCCAGAAACUGCAGCACUGUCACACAGAGCUUUUAGGUUGAGUGGACGAAAGUUUUUGGCCUUUGAACUUUCAUGACAGUAGAGUGAAUUGUAGGGACAUAAUUGGACUCACCCACUUUGGAUGUAUCCUUGCCACGAAGUUACAUGAAGUGUUUCUUGCUUUUGUAGGAGAAUUAACAGUUUUGGGAAAGUUCACUGCCUCAGUCAUUGUUUGUGUAUCAAUGAAAAGCAAAAAAAGAUAUUUUCAUAACUGCAAGGAUCUCUUUAUGUCAUUACUGUUCAUUGACAACUUAAUUAUUCUCUGGAGUGUUGUGGGCUGGGCUAAAAGCUCCCUAAUUUUUUUUUAAUCUCUGUUUGCAAACUUGUAGAGGCCCGCGCCAUCCCGUUGCUGUUGCAAAUAUCACAUGAUUUUUUAAAAUCUAUGCUCCAUGUAUGCAGAAUAUUUUUAGGAUGUGUUUCCAAACAUACCGUUUUAUGGUGUGCAGAGCCUGUGUGUGCACUAAAAUUCACACAUUGAGAAAAAAAAAACGUGUAUAAAUUUCGGCACUAUGGUGGAAAUAUUUUGCAUGUUAGCAUAGCUUUGGUUUAGGAAGACUUGGCCGUCAGCUAUUUUCCUGUUCUCAUGUUGUUUUACGUACGUUUGCUGCUUGACAAAUGAUGCUUUUGCCUGAAUGGGCUGUGGCAGUGGCAUCAGUUUAUGAUCAGAGUAUAGCAUGCAUAAAGUACUAUUAGUACUAUACCAAGUGCAUGCAUGAAUUACACUUAGGUUGAUAAAGGUACUCUAACCUUAGGUGCCUUUUCAAUGUCCUUCAUGACCAAAGCCAAAUUCAGCAGUGUAUUUUAUUGUCAACCAACACUUUUGCUUUAGUAUAGCUGCUGCACUGCAAAAAUAUUGAGGUGUGCGAGAGUGAUGUCAGCGGUUAUCUUUCUUUGUGGUCCCUGGAAAACACUGCUUGUGGUAGAUGUUCUUGGUUGUAGUUCUUUCCUCCGAGCAUAAUUUCCUGCUCUGCGUUUGAGCCAAAGGCUUGUCUUGAAGCAACUAACUUUUUGUGCAAACGUCAGCUUUCCAAGGGCAUUUCGACGUCAUGCAUGGGUCAUGGUAGCAUGGCCAGCAUGUAAUAUUGUUUCGAUAUUUUAAUGAAUGCAGACCGGCUUGUUCAAACAGGUGCGAAAAAGGCUUUGUUUAUAAAUGGUGACGAAUCCUCCAACUAGUGUGUGGUCCUUUCUUUGCACUGUGUGUAUGAUAAUGAUUGAGGUGUGUCAACUUAUCUAAGCCUUCAUUUUUAUUGCAAGCCAUCUGUCUAUUGAUGGUGGCUGGCUUUUUUUUCGUUCCUCUUGUGCGUUGUAUCUUCAUAAACAGUUGUGAAGGCUCUGUGGUUUGUUGAAAUCCCGAAUUUUUUCGCUCGGGGGGGGGGGGGGGGGGCUGCUGGCUAUUUGUGCACUGCAAGUGGCAUGAAUGCAAUGCAGAAAUGCUUGCCUUGCAACCUGAGUGGCUUUUCUGAAGAGAGGCAUGCGCAGACUUUACCUGAGGCAUAUCGGUUGUAUAUAUUGCAGAUAUGAUCCUCGGUUCGUGAUCUAUGUACAUAUAGUGUGCGCAUGCUGUAGUCAUUGAUUUGCAAUGCCCGUACUUUCCAUAUUAGCACAUAUUAGGCUCUUAAUGGGGAGAGUGCAUCAUGCUGACCCUCCAAAGCGUUGUGAUAUAUUACAGGCAUUAAUGUUAGUAGUACUGUGCGUCUGGCAAUAACUGUAGUGAGUGCCUGUAAGAUCUUGAUUAUUGAAUAAAAAAACUACACCUUUUAACUUAGAUGUAAUCAAACAAACCACUGGUUACUUUGAAGAAACAGACGGGCUGUAUCAGUUAUUCAAAAUUUGAGUUGCAUGUCACAUACCUGUUCUAUAUCAGUGUUAAGAACAUUGAUUUUCAUCUUUCAUUUAUUUGAUAAAACCUAUUAGUAUGAUCUCGCUGCAAUGAUUAGAGCCCACCUCCCACUACAUUACGGGAUAUACAUUUAGUUCACAGGUUGAAACAUAUUUGAGAUAAGAUUUUACUUUUGCCUAUUUCACCAUAAGAUUUUGCAUACUUUAAUGAAGUAUUACCUUAAAAAUACAAAGCCUCUUAGUAUUCAAUUUGAUGUUGAUAGCCUGUGUUCUUCCAACAUUACGAGUUUGAGCACUACUCAGUACCAUGCAAUAGUGCCUGUAAAAGUUGGCAAAUGUUGAAGACAUUUGUUGCAAGUGGCUUAUAAAAAUAUGUAUAGCCUGUUGUCAUUUCUGGUGCUAAAACAUGAAAAUGGUUUUAAAGUCUGAAUAAUUGGCAAUGAUGUCAUUGAAUGCUUAUAUUCAUUACAUAUAGAAUGGUAUCUUAUUUAUCACUACACUGCUAUGGGGGACGUUGCUUGAAGAGAUGCUUUAUUAUGCAUAAAUGUUUUUGUGCUUUAAUAUUCAAACAUUUUCUCUGCUUUCCCAACACAAUGAGAGACUACUUGUGAAAACUUUGCUGCAACAAAAACUAAAUGUCUAAGAAGAUUACAGUCAGACCUUUAAUUGUUUUGCCUGAAUUGAUUGUUCAGUAGUAUAGCCUGAGUGUAUUGUAUCCUGGUCCAAAAUAAAGCAAUUGUAAACAUAGCAA